ACCCCGCCGGGCGCUCGGGACGCGGCGGGAAGACAAAUUUUGCGCUGCGGACGAAGCUUUCGCUUCCCUGCGGAGAGAACGAAGCGGCCGCGGUUCCCGAGCGCCCGGGCCGGGAUGUGAAGGAGGCGGUGGCGCGGCCGUGACGCGGCGCGGGGCGGGGCGGGCGCGGGUCGGUCCGGCCAUGCCGAAGCGCUCUUGCCCCUUCGGGGACGCGGCCCCGCUCCAGCUGAAGACCCGCGUGGGGCUGCGGGAGCUGAGCCGCGGCGUGCGGGGCGAGGAGUACCGGCGGGAGGUGUUCGAGAGGACCCGGCGGCUGCUCUUCAGGGGUGCCCAGGCGUACAUGGAGGGCGCGGCGGCCGCCGCCCGAGCGGCGGAGCCGGGGCCGGCCGGGGAGGCGCAGGGCGAGGGGCCCCGCUGGAGCGGGCAGCUCCUCAUCGGCCACGACGGGAAACUGCGGCGGCGGCCCGCGGACAGGGUUCCGCCGGUGGGAGCGUCCAGAGCCUGCUCGUCGUGUGUGAGAACGGCCGAUGUGAAGGAGGCGUGUGCGCAGUGUGACCGGUUCGUCUGCCAGAGCUGCAGCAGGCUCUGCAGCUGCUGUAACACGGUUACCUGCUCUUUGUGCUCUGCUGUUGAUUAUGGUGAUGUGGGAGAGCAAGUUCUCUGCAAUGGUUGUUCAGUAUUUCAAGUCUGAAACUUGAUGAAAUAACCCUUGUGGCUAAAACAUCCAUGAAUUUCAUGAAGUCUUCUCCUUACAGCUGGUCAAAUAAUCAUUUUAGCAUGUAAAUUAGUUAUGGAAUUUCUAUGUUUUAUAUCUUUAUAUUGUACUUUUAAAUAUUGUAGCUAAAUAAACAUUUAUAUUUUGAAGCUUUUUAGAUUA